UCGACAAACACGAAAACAAAAAUAUUUUACUAGAAAAUAUUGUACAUAUUAUGUUUUUCUCUGCUGGUUGCAUGAAAUUUAGUAUAACAGUUUUUAGCCUUGGAAAGAUGAAAGUGUUGUAUUCAAAAAUUUCUAGGGAUUGGGAAGCUAUACAAAAUAGACAAGAACGUGCUAUUUUAGAACAAUAUAAUAAAGAAGGGCUUUGGUUAUCUAAAUUGUACAUGGCUUUUGUAUUUAUGACUUGGAUUGUGUGCUCAUCAAAACCAUUUUUGCCUCUUGUCGUUAACCUGAUAAUACCUUCAGAAAAUGGAACACGCCCACUUCUAACUCCUUUACACGCCGAUUACAUUUUCUUCGAUCAAACUGAGCAUAUUUAUCUGAUUUCUGCCUAUACAGCAGCAGCUUAUACGUUCUUUUUCCCCUUUUUUAGUGGAUUUGAAUCAUUCUAUCUGCUUACUGUCAAGCAUGUAUGUGGACUAUUUGCCGUGACAUGCUAUCGUAUUGAAACAUCUCUUAAUAUUUUAAAAGAAAAAGAAGUAGGAGUAAAACCUUUAUGUAGCAUUUAUGCAAGAACCAAAUGCCAAAAGAACUUGAUAGAUAUCGUUAUUCUGCACAAUGAUGCAAUAAGAUCUGUUGAGCUGUUAGAAGAUUCAUUCAAUAUAUGUUUUCUUGCGAUCAUACUGAUGUCUACUACUGGAUUGGCUAUAUCCACUACCUUUAUAAUUUACGCAUCGGAUGAGCUUCUAUCACUGACUGAAAUACUUUUUUUGCAAACGGGCAUAACACUUUAUUUGUUCUCCGUGAGCUGGGUUGGUCAACAAUUAACUGAUAGCAGCGAGCAAAUAUUUUAUUCUGCAUACUCCACUAAUUGGUAUACGACAAAUCCGAAAAUUUGUUGUUACCUCCAUAUAAUUAUGAUGCGUUCUUACUCUCCUAGCAAAUUGACUGGAGGAAAGCUACUGGACUUAUCGAUGGUGACUUUUGGCAUGAUAAUAAGAAAAGCAGUCUCGUAUUUUACUGUUUUUUUAUCUCUAACGUAAAUUUUAUAGAUGUCAAAUUUAUUAAUAGUUUCAGUAUAUAUAAUGCAAACUUAC